CCCCCGCGGCGCGGGCGCUUCCGGGGACGUGUCUGAGGGCGAUGGCGGCCGGGGCGGGAGCGGCGCCGCCCGGGGAGGCGGACGAGCUCUUCGACCUCCGCAACAACUUCUACAUCGGCGCCUACCAGGCCGCCAUCAACGAGGCGCAGCGGGCCAAGCCCAGCAGCCCCGAGAAGGAGCUGGAGCGGGACGUGUUCCUGUUCCGAGCCUACAUCGCCCAGCGGAAGUUUGGCGUGGUGCUGGAUGAGAUCAAGGCCAACGCCAGCCCCGAGCUGCAGGCUGUCAGGAUGUUUGCAGAAUUCCUGGCCAACGAGAGCCAGAGGGACUCCAUCGUGGCAGAGCUGGACAAGAAAAUGUCCAAGAGCGUGGACGUGGCCAACUCCACCUUCCUGCUGAUGGCAGCUUCCAUCUAUUUCCACGACCAGAACCCCGACGCUGCCCUGCGUGCCCUGCACCAGGGGGAGAGCCUGGAGUGCUUGGCCAUGAUGGUCCAGAUCCUGCUGAAGCUCGACAGGCUCGACCUGGCCAGGAAGGAGCUGAAGAAAAUGCAGGAGCAGGAUGAGGACGCGACCCUGACCCAGCUGGCCACAGCCUGGGUGAACCUGGCCAUGGGCGGGGAGAAGCUGCAGGAGGCGUUUUACACCUUCCAGGAGCUGGCGGAGCGCGGCUGCCCCACGCUGCUGCUGCUCUCGGGCCAGGCCGCGGCCGCCAUGGCCCAGGGCCGCUGGGACGAGGCCGAGGGGCUGCUCCAGGAGGCUCUGGACAAGGACAGCAGCCACCCUGAGACCCUCCUGAACCUCGUGGUGCUGUCCCAGCACCUGGGAAAGCCCCCGGAGGUGAGUAAUCGUUACCUGUCGCAGCUGAAGGAUGCUCACAAAAACCAUCCCUUCAUCAAGGAGUACCAGGCCAAGGAGAACGACUUUGACCGCCUGGCCCUGCAGUACACACCCAGUGCCUGAGGCUGGGAAUGCUCCUGGAGCAGGGAAAAUCCCUCUGGAACAGGGUAAAUCCCCUCUGGAACAGGGAAAAUCCCCUCUGGAACACAAAAUAUCCCCUCUGGAACACAAAAUAUCCCCUCUGGAACACAAAAUAUCCCCUCUGGAACCUGGAAAUUCCUUCUGGGACACAAAAUAUCCCCUCUGGAACCCAGAAAUUCCUUCUGGAACACAAAAUAUCCCCCUGGAAC